CCGCGUUUCUCCUUCACAUCAACCACGACACAGCCAUUUUCCCUGUUACAUCAGUUCUCGACGGACAUUUUUCAUCAACGUCUAUACUUGGAAAGUGCCUCGUGAUCGCCAUGGGAUCACGAGCUAAAUCUGACAAGCCCGGUCAGUCCGGCGACUCUCCCGAGUCUGACAAACGGGCUAAGGCAGAACGCCGCCCGGUUCCUUACAACGUCGCCCGCGGCGCCAUUGUGUGGCUGCCCGGAAUGCGGUACAUAAACGGAAAGAAACUUGUUCGGCACCUCCCGAUGCAGAUCUUUGACCAUCCUGUCCUGAUCUACGACAAGCCAACUCCAACCAUGGCGAAUGUCUUCCUGAUCACGUCCUUCAAGGAGGGCGAAUCCCUCGUCGGCAAGUUCCAGAGCCACUCCGAGUUCCGCGGCCGCCAAAUCCCGCUGAUUCCUUCGCCACCGCACCCUGAUAACGGAGUUCAGCUCACGCUAAUGUCGGGACGAGUGUGGCCAAGGGAGUCCUUCGUCAGCCUGAGCUUGUUCACCAUUCCGAUCAAAGUGUUGCGCGAAGAGAGCAGCGGCCCUUGGGCCCUCAGCCCCGCAUCUCUCGGCUCCCUCGACAAGAUCAUCGCGACACUGCCCACUACCCGUAUCUAGAAGAUCGGGGAGAAACAGCGCCAAGGUGAACAGUCGACAGCCGAAAGUACGGAACAAAACCAGGGACAUGGUGAACGCGAGCAUGAGAAAGUAGCCGAGCACGACGAGGAUGAUAUGGAGGGGUGGACGACUGUUGUGAGCAAGAAGAAGAGGGCCAUGUCGAUGUCCACUCCUGCGAAAAAAGGAAAGACAAGGUUUCGCAAGAGCCUGUAGUGAUUGUUCAGGUUGGACUUCUAUUGACGGCCUCAAUGGGGGUGCGCACUGGGCCUUCCCCCCCUGCAGAGAGGCUUGAGCAUGCUCGGCGACCUACCUAGUUUCGCGCCCUCAUCCAACUUAAGGCUGAAAGGAAAUUGGAAGUUCACGUUUGAUAGUCAU